UAAAUACGUAAGCCAAAAGUUUGCUGUCCUAAAACUGCAACUUUUUCUUAAGCUGCAUGCAGUUAGUUGUUCGUGGUCAACGACGAUGCUAAAAUCUGUCGGAGUAGAGGAGAAGCGAAAAACAAGCUUGUUGUUGUCGUAAGUUUAAGCUAGCAUAGUUUGUGGGAGAUCCAGCUUUCCAAAGUUUAACUGAAAGUCUAUGUAUAGCCUAGAAGUUCAUAUUUCAACAACAAUGAUUUGUUUUUGCUAAACAGUUUUGAUUUUCAGGGUUAGCUUUUAGAAAACAUGACCACUCCAAACGCAAAGACGAACAAGCAAGUUGACUUGGAUAAUUUGAUUCAAGAAUUCUUGCAAUGGCAAACGGUAAGUUGAGGUUUUAUUACCUAACUUGUUAUUGAUUCUGCUUUCAGGAAGUCAAGCCUCUAUCAAGUAACAUUUCUUUUGAAAUUUAAAUAUUGAGCUCAAGCUAAAAACAAUUUAAGCUUAGUUUUAAACUCAUUUUGUUAGAAGUAAUUUCUUUUUCCCGUUGUCGUAUAAAUUUACAGGCAUUAAGAGAUGCGGCUCACGAAAACAAUUGCUUUAAAAUGGAGAUCCGUUCCCUCACAAGAAAACUUAAAACGAGCCAGGAGGCAGAAAGGAUUGCAUUGGAAGGUGGGUCCCAGGUAUUCCUUAUUGAAAGCCUCUGUAACUAUGUCUCGCGCUCACAUUUCAAAUUUUGAGUCCUCUAUAUUCCUCGACUUUUUAGACGCUGGAAAGUUAAAAGGAAUUAUAGACAGUCUCCAAGGAGUUUUAUCCAAACGCUGUGACCAGGAAGGUAUUACUAUUAUUAUUAUUAUUAUUAUUAUUAUUAUUAUUAUUAUUAUUAUUAUUAUUAUGAUGAUGAUGUAAAAUUUAGCACAGGGAUUUUCCCUGGGGAGAAAUAUCCAGUCAAGUCUCAUUCCGAGACUUCAGACUUCCAGCACCUUUCUGAGGAUAUGUGCCGAUCCGAGGAGUGCCGACUUUUGCAUCGUUCUUGUUCGGUUUUUAAUUCCUAGUUGCUCCAAGUGGCCUGCCAGCUUCUUUGACACUGAACCCAAUGCACCUACAACCACUAUUAUUAUUAUUAUUAUUUAUUUUUUAAUUAUUAUCAUAUUUUUUUACAGUGAAAGAAUUCGUUCUGAUAGUAUUUCUUAAUAAAUGGCAGACAACCACUUGACACUUAAUUACCAACCAUUUCUCUUAGCUUUCUUCUUCUUUCACUCCUUCGGCUUUCCCGACCAUUUGCUAUACUAUCAAUCAGCAUACAUACACUAAUUCCGAAAAGCCUUUUUUAGUUCAGUUGGUUUCGUCAUCGAAUUUCAUGACUUCAAUAUUAACAGAAGGUGGCAUAUAUAAUAGCCUAGCUAACGGCAGACUCUCACCAACCUUCUCUAUCAUUUUUCUUUAAGUUCUUUUUUUAUCACUUUUUUCCACCCCUCAGCAUCCCACCAUUUCCUCCCUUUAUUUCUCUCUUCUUCUUUGCCUUCCGUAAUUCAAAAACAAAAAUAUGAUUCAUAUGUUCCCUUUGUUUCUUUAGAAGAGAAUGAGGGUCUAAAAUCGCAGAUCUCGAAGAUGGAAGAAAAAUGCAGCAGCCUUGAAAAGGUUUAUAUAUCCUUCUCAUCCUCUGAAUAUUUACGUAAUUAAAUUUUCAUAUUAUUUCAAUGUCCAAAAUAGCUGAAAACGAGACAAUUUGUUUUGAUAUAUAUGGCAAUUUCUUUUUCCAUUUAAUAGUUCGACGGUUGAAAUUUACCAUUUACAUAAGCUCAACGUACGUUUCCUGUUUUUGUGGCAAUAUUUCAAGUCGGGUUAUGCAAUUGUUACAGUAUAAGGCAUUUGCAACAAGCUCUAAUUGCCUAUUUAAUAACAUAUAUCCUUAAUUAUUUUUUUUUUGGUCUUAAAGGAAUACAAACUCCAAAUGUCUGAAUCUUUUAAGAAUCUUGAGAUUUCAGAGCAAGCUCACAGACAGGAGCUCCUAAAAUUCAAGGAAGAGACUCUUAAACAGAGUAAGAAUUGUUUUGCUACUUAAAAGGCAUCGAUACGUUCUUUAUUAUCUAGGUGGUUUCGUCUCAGGGCAGUGCUUUCAUCGAUUUUACUGAUGCUGACACAAUACAUCAUGAUCUGCCAAUGGUUAAAAUAAAUAAUACAUAAUGUAUUAUAUACCCUGUUUCGUGACCCUGAUUAAGACUCAAGACCCCGAAAACCAUACUUUGUCUAGCGGCACCUUGUCUUUCAGGCGAAUUUAGCCUUUGCUCCGUCCCAAGGAACUAGCCCUAUGUCUAUUUUAAGGUAGCACUUUACUUGAAAACCCGUAGCCAAGUUGUGUUGACCUUAUCGCGUCAAUCCCCAUAAAUCAGUGCUUAAGUCAUAAUAUAUUGGUCGCAUUACAGGGUGGUUCCUUUCUUUUCCCUAGGCAGAAGAGAAAUUACAGAAUUACAAAAGUCCUUACAAGAGAAAGCAGAUGAAGUGCGACAAUUGCAGAAGAAAUUGGUUGACACCAAUCAUGCUAACCACACAGAAAUAGUCAAGAUGCGUUUAGAGGUGAACGCGUAUAAAGAAGUUGCCCCACAGGUGACCCAGGCUCUGUGAUAGUACCACAGUACGGUUCUAGUAAAAUUACAAUGUUUGUAUGGGGUAAAAUAUUUCGACAGAAUAUGAAUUGCAAUAACUGAGACGAAUGUGAAAGGCAUGUGCAACCAGUAAACAAAGAACUAGCGCGAUUAACAUAUUUAGCGAUUAAUGCGGCAGUAACACGCCGACUUCUUGUCAAUACAACUGAACGUUCUAUCAGUCAAAUAUGUGAACCAUCGUGACACCUCUCUUUGAAUUGGGUCCUGUUGUACAAAUGCCGCGGUAAGACCCAAAAUUCACUUAUAUCUUUUGCUCGUUAUAAGUUUUGUAAAUCCUUCUUCUUUGUUAUUUUCUUUGCACUUAUAACCUUGCCCUAUUGAUGUUUGAUAGACUUUCUGAGGACCAGCGCCAGGUGCUGAAUAUAGUUCGAGAGGGACACAAUGUCUUUAUAACAGGUCAGGGUGGUACGGGGAAAUCGUUUUUUGGUUACGUAAAUAUAUAAAGAGCUGACGAGAUCGGGAAAGCGCGUGGCGAUCAUUUGUUCAAGUGGAAUCGCAGGAACCAUAUAUGAUGGGCAUGCAUCCACUGUCCACUCGUUCUGCGGACUAAAAACAGCCGAGCUGCCUUGGUUUAAGGGGUUAAGAGGUCAGUUUCAAACAGUAUACUGUAGUUACUGAAAACGCCAAUAACAUAAACUGUUUAAUCUGGGACGAAGCUUCAAUGUCUAGACGGAGAAUUUUGGAAGUCGUUAAUCACAUACAAAUAGAAAUCUCCCGAGGUAUGAAAAAUGUGGGGCGAAACCGUUCGGAGGGAUUCAAGCGAUCAUGGUAGGAGAAUUCACGCAGCUCAGUCCUGUUCCGAACUUAAUGGAUGAUGGACAAUUCAUGUUUCGGUCUCCUGUGCUAAUCGCGCUAGUUCUUUGUUUACUGGUGCACAUGCUUUUCACAUUCGUCUCAGUUAUCGCAAUUCAUAUUCUGUCGGAAUUUUCUGUAUAAUUUUUGACAUUAUUUUAUAAGCUUCACCCGUUUAUUUACGAUCGUUUCGCUCGAGAGUUCACAGCUCAACCUUGUUUUUAGCCCGCCUUGUAAGUAUUUAGCGUUGUUAUUUCGUAGUUUCAUUACUGUUAUUUGCAUUCCUUAGUAAAAGAAAUGGGGUGCCUUGUAACUUGGCAGACUAUCCUGGUUUUAUUUAGUUUUUGUAGCCAUUUAAAUUUAGGCGCGUGUGCGGGGUUUGCUCUGGCGAAUUGUGAUUAGCUAGGAAGAACACUUGCCUUCUAUCAAGUAUUUUUCCAGCAGGGGAGGGUGGCCUUGGGCAAAUGAUGUAUCGGUCCCCAGAAAGGUCACCCCAGGACUCCCAGGAUGGAAUUUGUUUGUAGAGUGCCCAGGCCUCAUUUUCUUGGCCGCGCGUUCAAAUGGCCCGGCUGCUUCGGCGAGCAUAUUCUCGGUCUGUUUGGAUUAUAUCCUUCGAGUUUAUCAAAGUCUGUGGGAAUCGUUUCUCUAUCUGGGAAAGCUUCAUUGGUUUCUAUAUCUGCUGCUAUCCUAUUUCUACGAUCCUGGCAUGUUUAUUUUCCGUUGGAGUUCGAAUUUCGUGGAAAAAGUUGUGUUGAGAGCAUGUCGGCGAAAAUGGCAUCUCGUGUCUCCUACCUUUCAUAUUAUUAUUGUAUAAAGAGUGAAUUUGAACAAAUUACUGCAAAUUAUCACGAAACUUCGUUGGAGCAAUAAGGACAACAACAACUAACUGCAGAGUAAGUUUCAUUGAUCUUUAUUUAGUAUUUCCUAGAAAUUUUAGGAUGGUAUUUUUACCCCAUACAAACACUGUAAUUUUACUAGAAGCGUACUGUGGUACUAUCACAGAGCCUGGGUGACCUGUGGUUUCCCUUGACUUUUACUUUGUUCUCGACAUCCUUUUUUUGUCUGUUCCCGAAUUCAAAUUUUAUUCUAAUCAGUAUUUUUGGUUAGUAGUGUGUGUUUGAAUAUCCCAAUCUUAACGGCUCAAUCCGCCACUGAACUUAAACUGCCACUGAGGUCUUCAUAACGGCCGUAAUAGACUAUCGUGGAACCGAAGGCAUGCUUGCUAUAGUUUCUUAUAGUUUGGAUAGUAUUUGCAAGGUAAAACACAAAAAUGGAUAGCUGUUCUAAGGUUCUCAAGCAAAGGACUUAAAGUAUCAUCAAGCAUGUAAUUUUCACGUUUUAGUAUGACGCAAAACUAUUGAAGCUCCAAAGAAGCAACGCAAAGGCUCAGGGAGGUCAAACGUCUAAUGCCAACAGCGACAUAUUUAGAAAGGUAACCAUGUAAAAGCUAUCGUUCUUUGCUAUGUUCAGAAGAUAUAGUUCCUCGCGGGAGAGGAAGAGUGUUUUCUUAUAUUCAUACUGUUGGUCUAUUACAGGCUCACGAGGCUGUGCGAUAAACGUAUUUUUAGUUCAUCCUUUGAAGAGGCCAAUAAUACUAAGGAAUUCAGGCAUAAAGGGUGAAAGAGAGGAGAGGUUCUCUCUACCUUUUAUUUUCUCCAUCUAUGUCCAAGAGAUAAAGUAGGGUGGGCCGGGGGAAAAAUUGGUUUCCUAAUCUAUGUACAACAAAUCUCCGUUUACAGUUAUAUUUUGUCAUCAUGUAUUUUUUUUUGAACAGAAACUUCAGUUUGCCAAAGCUGAAGCGCAAAAAGAGAUCACAUCACUCAAGAGCAAGGUUUCAGAACUGGAGCGAAAGCUUUCAGCUCAACAGACCCCUGUGGCAAAAAGAAAAAGAUUUUAG